AUGACCCGCAACCGGCCUCCAACGCAGAAUACGGAGGAUGACAGACCCCAAGCUGGCCAAGAUGAAGGGAACAUUCAUCCACCACUGGCCAUAGUCGGAUAUGCCUACCGGGCCCCCCUCGUCGGACGAUCAGGCCUUUGGGAUCUUCUGGCGGAAGCAAGAUGCGCAUCAUCGCCGGUGCCGCCAUCUCGCUUCAAUCAGGACGCCUACCACUGCCCGAUCUACGAGAAACCAGGCUACAUCCAUUCGAAGGGCGGUCACUUCAUGCCACAGGACAUCCACGCCUUCGACGCCGCCUUCUUUAACAUUCGCCGCGAUGAGGCCAAAGCCAUGGAUCCUCAGCAGCGCAUCACCAUCGAAUGCGCCUUUGAGGCCUUCGAAAAUGCAGGCUGGACGCUCCGCGACAUCGCUGGCCGUAACGUGGCCGUAUUCGCGGCGCAUCAAGGGUCGACGUAUGCUGGCCACGCUGCCGAGGACCUCCUCACCACGAGUGCGUAUAGUGCGAGUGGCACUGCGGGUUGUAUGCUUGCAAACCGCAUAUCCUACCUCUUCGACCUCCGCGGGCCAAGCGCUGCUGUUGACACAGCUUGCGCGAGCAGCUCGUACGCUUUUCAUCUGGCGUGCCAGAGCGUAAGGCUGGGCGAGUGUGAGGCCGCACUAGUCUCAGCUGCGAAUUUGCUCAACGGUCCGGAGCUCUGGUCCAUGCUCGAUACUGUCGGUGUGUUGUCUCCCGAGGGCAAGUGCUUCUCGUACGACCACAGGGCGUCCGGUUUCGGACGCGGCGAGGGGAGCGCGUGUCUCGUGGUGAAGCCGUUGGCAGCAGCGUUGGCCGACGGCGAUACCGUACGCGCCAUCAUCCGCAAUACAGCGGCGAGUCACUCGGGUCGGGUGCCCGGUGGCAUUACUGUGCCCUCUCAAGAAGCUCAGGAGGGCUUGGCGAGACGUGUCCAUAUGGAAGUUGGCCUGGAUCCCAGGGACACCGGAUUCGUUGAGGGUCACGGCACCGGCACUGCUGUCGGCGAUCCUAUCGACGCAGCUGCCAUUUCUUCUGUAUAUGCGAGCCAGCGAUCACCGACGUCCGCCCCAGUGUUUCUCGGCUCUGUGAAGUCGAAUAUAGGGUGA